AUGAGCAGCAGCACCGCGGUGCAUUUCUCAGCCGGUUAUGAUCCGGAGCAAGGAGCGCGGGAGCUGGAGCCGCUGUUGAGGCAGAAUGGGGGAAAGUGGGAAGUGAUCGAGAGUGGGAGGGGUGUGCAGAGAGGGUUUAGGUUUAAGAGUUUUAAGAAGACGUGGGAAUUCAUGAAUAUAAUAGCUGCCGAAUGCGCAGUCAAGAAACAUCACCCGGAAUGGUCGAAUGUGUAUAAUACGACGUUCAUAAGAUGGACGACGCAUUCGCCACCAGGGUUGUCGGAGAAGGACGUCGCUAUGGCGAGGUACUGUGAUGAGCAAGCCAGGGCUUGUGGGGAGGUGGAGGGUGACAGUGCGGGCAGUGCGGUGGGUAAGGAGUUGGCGGAUCGCGUUGCGAGUGAAGGCGGAGAUUGCUGUGUGCCCAAGAAGAAACCUGCUGCGUAG